AUGCCGUCUAAGAAAGUACUGAUCAUCCUCAGCGAUGCACACUCUUUUCCUCUCCAUAAAACCAGUGGAUCCGACGCCGGCAAAAUGGUAGAUCAACCUUCGGGAUUCUUCCUCCAGGAGCUUGCAAAGCCGCUACAGAAGCUGCUCGACGCGGGUCACGAGGUGACUUUCGCCUCCCCCAAAGGCCAAGAGCCUACCACAGACCCAAAUAGCGAAUCGUUACUCGCCUAUGCAGGCAAUUUCUACGAACGCCGACGCGAACUUGAACUCAUCGAACGCAUGAAGCGUGAGAACGGAUUCAGUCAUCCUCUACCCUUCAGUACCAUCAGCAAUGAGAAGUUAGCCACAUUUGCGGGUCUCUUUAUCCCUGGUGGACACGCCCCCCUUCAAGACUUGGGUGACGAUCCAGAGCUGGGGCGGAUCCUGCGGUACUUCAAUAAGGAGAACAAACCUACAGCUGCCAUCUGUCAUGGACCCUAUGCACUAUUGAGUACAAAGAAGACAGGUGAUGGGUCGUUUGUAUACAAGGGGUAUAAAAUUACCUGCUGGAGUGAUACUGAAGAGAAAAUGAUGGAGAAACUAUUUGGUGGGGAGAUCGAGAAAGUCGAGACGGCCUUGAGAAAUGAAGGUGCUGUUAUGGUUGAAGACCAUCAAAUCCCAAUCGAGCAUCACAAGAAGCCCGGCUUGCAGGCUGAAAUGGAGGAUCCAAAACCCACAUCAACACAAAUUCCGACUGAGGAUAAUGGCUACCAGACUUACAAGGCAGCCGGAAAGCUGUCGGGAAAGAGAGCUAUCAUAACCGGUGGCGAUUCAGGAAUUGGACGUGCGGUUGCUAUUCUGUUUGCCAUGGAAGGCGCGUCUAGCUUGAUCACAUAUCUGCCUGAAGAGGAGAAAGAUGCGCAGGAGACAAAACGCCGAGUGGAAGAAGCAGGUCAAAGUUGUUUAUGUCUAGCAACAGACCUGCGGGAUAAGAAGAAUUGCAAAAUGGUGGUCGAAACGGCUCUUCACAACAUGGGCGGCAUUGACAUUCUGGUGAACAACGCUGGCACCCAAACCAUGCUUGACGACAUCAAAGAUUUGGAUGAAGCACAAUGGGAAAGCACAUUUGACACUAAUAUUCAUCCCGUCUUCUAUCUCUCAAAGUAUACGAUCCCUUACCUGAAGAAUGGAUCGACGAUCAUCAACUGCGCUUCAGUCAACCAUUAUAUCGGGCGUCCCGACUUGCUUGACUAUACUUCAACGAAGGGUGCAAUCGUUGCAUUCACCAGAGCGCUCUCUAAUCAGCAAGUGAAGAAUGGAAUACGUGUAAACUGCGUUUGUCCCGGACCAGUCUGGACUCCACUGAUACCAGCAACAAUGACAAGCUCCGCUAUGGAGCAAUUUAGUGGCACUCCGAUGGGUCGCCCUGGACAACCGAGUGAGGUUGCAACAUGCUUUGUCUUCCUAGCAAGUCAAGACAGCAGUUUUAUCUCAGGUCAAAGUUUGCACCCCAACGGUGGAGUCGUGGUGAACGGAUGA